AUGUCUCUAGUAUCGUCACCCGUAACUUAUCCACCAAGUUUGUCACCUCCACUCAUACUGGAAAAGCGCAAAAGACAGCAUGAGCUGGAAGUACCCUUGCAGGUAAAGAGGAAGGCUCUGAACGCGAAGGACGAAGGUCAUGCGAGAGUGGAGUUCCGAACAUUUGCAUUGGAUACCUCUGACACGGUGUCACCAAAAGCUCGGAUAGUGGACAAUGCACCCUCAAGGUCGCAGGGGCCCUUCGCCGACGACGACGACGAUGACAAUUACGAUGAUGAAGGAAUGGCGAGUAAUGUUAGCAUGCUUGGGUCCUUUGAAAGUGGAACCCCAAGGACAACAGCUACGGCACCGGCUUUCAAGUCUACCCUAGCUAGACCAGAUAACAGUCGGCAGCAACAUUUGUCAUGUCGAGCGCCUCAAGCCAAGACAUCAUCAGGUAAAACCUUCAAACUCCAUUCGAAGCAUACACAUGCUCCCGUUCCAUACGAACAGCUCGUUGCUGAGCGGUCUAAUACUGCACCAAGGAAGGCAACAAAGAGCUAUUAUGGCGUCGACGUUCACAAGCUGCUCGAUGAGGCGGCCAAGGAUGCCAGGAAUGAGAAACAUAAGAACAGCGACGCUCCACGUCCAUCGAUAGAAGCGCCAUUGCCCAGAAAGACCUCCAAGAAAGGUCGAACGAUGCUGUGGACGGAGAAGUAUCGCGCCAAAAAGUUCACAGAUCUAGUCGGUGACGAACGUACGCAUCGUGACGUUCUGCGAUGGCUCAAAGGCUGGGAUCCAAUUGUCUUUCCCGGCACAAGCAGACUUAAGCCAAAGACCAAGUCGAUGGAGACCGAAGCAGGGCCUCGACAGCAACGGAAGAUACUUUUGCUUGCAGGACCUCCCGGUUUGGGUAAGACUACACUCGCACAUGUUUGCGCAAGACAAGCUGGCUAUGAGGUAGUGGAGAUCAACGCCAGCGAUGAGAGGAGUCGUGACGUCGUCAAAGGACGAAUAAAAGACUGCGUUGGUACUGAGAACGUCAAAGGUAUCAACACCAAGGAUGCAGCAGGUACGACUCGCAAGGCUGGAAGACCGGUUUGUGUUAUAGUUGACGAGGUCGAUGGCGUGGUCAGUGGGAGUAGCGGUGGAGGUGAAGGUGGAUUCAUUAAGGCCUUGAUCGAUUUGGUUAACCUUGAUCAGAAGAACUCGAACGUUCUCGGAUCUACCUCAGCCAAUUUGGUCAAAUCGAAAAAGAAAGGCGACAGGUUUCGACUUUUGCGGCCGAUGAUCCUAAUCUGUAACGACGUGUACCAUUCCGCCCUACGGCAUCUUCGUGCUUCCACGUUGGCAGAGAUUAUCCACAUUAGGAGGCCACCGCUGGACAAGGUCGUAGUUAGACUCAAAUCAGUGUUUGACAACGAGGGUGUCGCUUGUGACGUUGAUGGCGUGCGAAGGCUUUGUGAGGCAACCUGGGGUGUCAGCGACAGAAGGGAGUCUCGGACGAAUCCCAGUGGUACUGGUGAAGGUGACAUGCGAGGCAUACUGGUGGUCGGCGAAUGGGUGGCGGCGAAGAUGCGAGCAUCUACCGGGAAAACGGCUCGACUGACGAAGAAGUGGGUAGAGGAGCAUAUGCUCGAAAAUCUUUCGCAUGAGGGAGACGGAGCUCGAGGAUUGGGUCAUGGCGGCGCAAAAGAGGUCGUCGAGCGGGUUUUCUUGGAUGGCGCAGGGUUUCCCAAGGCUGCCUUUACAGCGCCAAAUAGCAUGUGCAGAGUACAGAACAGAGACUUUCUGGGAGUGUCAGAGCUUGCGAAACACACAGCUAUAAGUCGACUGCGGGACGUUGUCGACACAUGUGGCGAGAGCGACCGCAUUGUCACCGACUGCUUUACUGCAUACCCUUCGCGUUCUUUCCAAGACGAUACUUUCCUUUCCAAGCCUAACGCUGCGCACGAGUGGCUGCAUUUCCAUGAUCGGUUGUCUUCGAAGGUGUACGGGGGUCAGGAAUGGGAGCUUGGACCAUAUCUUGCGCAAUCGGUCCUUGGAUUCCACCAUCUGUUCGCUUCUCCAGCAAAGCAUUCAUGGGCCGACCAGAAACGUUGGGAUGAUGAGAAUGAAGAGCUGCUUCCUUUCUCCGGUCCUCGAGCUGACUAUCUGGCCUCUGAGGCCUUGAAGCAGAAUAGGGCUGUCCUGCUCGGCCUUCAGUCUUCUUUAUCGUCCCAAUUGCUUCGCUCCUUCAGGUCUGCUGAGGACAUCUCGACUGAUCUCCUCCCAAAUCUCAUCAGGAUGUUGACGCCCGAUGUCAAGCCCAUUGUUGUAGGCGGAAGUGGCGACCAGAGAGGUGCAGUAAGCGUUCGAAAGGAAGGAGAGCGAGAAAUGAUCCAACGUGCUGUUGGCGUUAUGGGCGCUGUUGGCGUCACGCUUGAGCGAGCCAGAGUCGAGAUGGGUCAAAGUGGCAUCAGCAGCCACAUCUAUCGCAUGGAGCCGCCUCUAGACAACUUGGCGGCUUUUGAAACUGCCUGUCAAAAUGGUUCAACGACAGCUCCAGCGAGAUACGCGAUCCGCCAAGCUCUCGACCAGGAGUAUCAGAAGUACCUCCUCCGUCAGCGUGCUGAUGCUCGUCAAGCUAGAUAUAGAGCUGGAGGUGGCCUUAGUUCUGAGGCAGAUUUCGGAGCCGAGGACAGAGAAAAUGCGAGAACUGAGGAAGGAGUAAAGCCGAAGCCGGUAGCGGUCAAGCGUGACUUUUUUGGGAGGAUCAUCAAUGUAGUUCUACCCGCGGCAAGAGGCCAACCAAGCCAGGGUGAGUGUGAAGAAUCGCAGAAUUCAAAAUCAGAUGAGAACGAGAAGGAGAGGAAGGUGUGGGUAAGCUUUCAUGAGGGUUUCUCGAAUGCGGUCAGGAAACCAAUUACGCUCAAGGAGCUAAUGCGAGGGUUUUGA